AUGGUGCUGCUUAUUCAAAUACCGCGGCUGCCAUGGUGCUGCUUAUUCAAAUACCGUGGCUGCUAUUUUGCUGCUUAUUCAAAUACCGCGGCUGCCAUGGUGCUGCUUAUUCAAAUACCGCGGCUGCCAUGGUGCUGCUUAUUCAAAUACCGCGGCUGCCAUGGUGCUGCUUAUUCAAAUACCGCGGCUGCCAUGGUGCUGCUUAUUCAAAUACCGCGGCUGCUAUGGUGCUGCUUAUUCAAAUACCGCGGCUGCUAUGGUGCUGCUUAUUCAAAUACCGCGGCUGCCAUGGUGCUGCUUAUUCAAAUACCGCGGCUGCUAUGGAGCUGCUUAUUCAAAUACCCAGGCUGCCAUGGUGCUGCUUAUUCAAAUACCGCGGCUGCUUAUUCAAAUACCCCGGCUGCUAUGGUGCUGCUUAUUCAAAUACCGCGGCUGCCAUUGUGCUGCUUAUUCAAAUACCGCGGCUGCCAUGGAGCUGCUUAUUCAAAUACCGCGGCUGCUAUGGAGCUGCUUAUUCAAAUACCCCGGCUGCUAUGGAACUGCUUAUUGAAAUACCGCCGCUGCCAUGGUGCUGCUUAUUCAAAUACCGCCGCUGCCAUGGUGCUGCUUAUUCAAAUACCGCGGCUGCUAUGGUGCUACUUAUUCAAAUACAGCGGCUGA